CAGAAAAAGCAGCCAUCGGGGCAGUCAGAAAAGUCGAGUCACGUGAGAUGCAAAACUUCAGUGACGGGAAGGUGGGCCGAAAAGUUCUGCCAAGCCACCGACCACUGCGCCCACAAACCUCCAAGUCGACCUCUUCGGAGAAAGCAAUCUUCAAAUCGAACCGACACUCGACGCCGCCAAAUUGACCUCAAGAUGAAGUUCCUUAAGGUCGGCCGUGUGGCCAUCAUCACCCGAGGCCGAUAUGCCGGAAGAAAGGUCGUCAUCAUUCAACCAAUCGACCAAGGCACGAAGACUCACCCAUUCUCCUACGCCCUUGUCGCAGGUAUCGAGCGUUAUCCCUCAAAAGUCACCCGCCGAAUGGGCAAGAAGCGAGUCGAGAAGCGAUCCAAGGUCAAGCCUUUCAUCAAGAUGAUCAACUACAACCACAUCAUGCCUACCCGAUACACUCUCGAAUUGGAGACAUUGAAGAACGUCAUCUCAAACGACACCUUCAAGGAGGUUUCUCAACGAGAAGACGCAAAGAAGACCGUCAAGAAGGCGCUGGAGGAGAGAUACCUGAGCGGAAAGAACAGAUGGUUCUUCACACCCUUGAGAUUUUGAGCGCGCACCAAAGGGGGAGCUGGUUCGGUUGGCAUUUUACGGCGACACAAUGGCAUGAAGAAUUGUAGUUUCGUCUAGGGACGACAGCAUAUGGUCGACCCCAUGUAUCGGAAAUGAAAAAAGGUCAAGAAAGACAUCCUACUGCAAAACAG